CCGGUGAGCUUUGCUGUGUGUUCUGUUGUUCUCCCUGAGACUGGCCAGGUCAACUUGAGCCAGACUGUCCUCCCGGCAAGCUCACUACGUCAUCAAAAACACUCUGCUGCAGACGACGACUAGCGUCACUUUCAAUUUUCUCAAAACGAAGCGGCGUCUCCUGAUUAUCCGAUACUGCUUGGCUUCCAUUGUUUAUUCGGUACUGUAUAUACUGGAUACUUUUGGCUUCCACUGUUUAUUCGAUAUUACCUGUAUUCCACGGGAUAAGCCUACUGGAUCUUGUUGGACCUUCUUCGAAUUACUCGGUCAGCGCUUGUAAGUCUUCGUGAACAAACUUUGAUUAUUAUCUCUUCUUUCGGAUUACUACUCGAUUGUACUCAGACGGAUACAAAAUUUGUCCCUUCAGUAGAAAUGAGUGGUAUCGGUUCGAGCUGGCCGCAGUAAUGAUCGACAUCGACUCGGCUGUGUGUACCCGGAUAUCCGCGCUGUCGACUUGAGUUCGCCAGCCCUUUCCCUUCGAUGUCGAAUCGUAAGGGUUCGCUGUCUGAGCCAGCCCCAGCCGACACCGUCGCCGCCCCGCGCCCUCACGUCUGCACGGGCGUACCCUUGAGCUGACCUUGACCUCGAAACAAUGAACAAGAACAAGAAAAAAGGAACCCGGAAAAAGAAAGUGAAAACUGAUGGAGGAGGGGAAGAGCAACCUCCUGAUGGAGCAGCAGCAUCAGCCGGAGGGGAAGGAGGAGGAGGAGGAGGACAGAAUGAGAAACCGUCCUCUGCUCAGUCUGGGUCUGGCAAGCCGUUAUCCGCUGGGAAAAGACAGAAGAAGGAAAAGAAGGAGGAGCAAAAUUUGAUUGAUCUGAAAGUUCAAGAGAAGGUGGUGAGCAUGAUGGGGGUGAAUGGAGAGAGGGGAAAGGUCAAGGAGAAGCUGCUGGUGGACUUCUUCAAGGAGAACACGGACAAGUGGUACCCGGACAUCGGGGUCACGACCUUCAGGGUGCCGCCCAUUCACAUCAACAAGGGAAAGGAGGAAGGCUCCUCCGGAAAGAAGGGCAGUGGCGGCGGGGGUGCAGGCGGAGGAGGUUUCUGCCAGCACCAGAUCACGGACGCCCGCGGAGACCGUGCCCACGUGUUCCUCCUGGAGGUGGUGGAGUACCUGAGCCAUGCCCACCUGGAGAGCACGCCGUACGGGCCCAUGUUUAUCAUCUCCUCGUACCAGUACGACAACUACCUGUCGCGGCUCAAGCACAAGAUCGAGGCGGAGGGGGAGGAGGCCAUUCACUUCCCUGUUGGCUCGGGCUACGACAGAGGGGAGAUCGACAUCAUGAUUGUGGAGAAGCGGAGGGUGAUUUUUAUACAGAUCAAAUCUGUCGGAGACAACUUCGACGAAUUUGCUUCCGACAUCACCAAAAAGAUCGGGGCGGUAUCCAACGCGGUGAGUCGAGCUCAGACCCAGCUGACCAGGGACGUGAAAGUGUUCCAGUAUGUUCUCAACGACGUCAUCGAUCAGGACGACUUCCAGCUGGUCAAGAUUGUGGCGCUUCCCAACCUGGACAGCAGUUGUGUGGAGGAGGGUCGCAAGUUGUGCCCGGUGUUUGCUGAAUUGAUUAAGAAGCAAGAAGAAGCUGGCAUUCUUCACCUCUACAAGGACUCCAUGCCCAGCCAGCGACGGAACUUCCAGCAGGAUUUUGACUCGUGUAAAUUCAAGAGCUGGUGGAUCACCAAUGUCCUGAAAACAGAUGAGGCUACUUUUAAGAAGGUCGUUGAAAGUGGAAAGUUGGCAUAUAACGAAGAAGAAGAGGAAUCUGCUCUGGGCCCUAGUGCGACAGAUAUGACGGAGGAAGCGAGUUCAACCCCUCUUACUCGCCUCGAGAAAGUGAAGAUUAUUGCCGGCAGAUACGUGGGCAUCAUCUCCACGGUGCGGGUGUGCAACUCCAACUCGAGCUCGCUGCGUAUGGAGGUGCGUCGACGAGGCCAGGGCGUGGUGUUCACCCACGAGAAGUUCUCCGAGAUUGUCCUGACCAAGGAGCAGAUGGAGCACGCCUGCAUGGACUACAGGCUGGGCUAUCUCUGCGGGCCGCCUGGCUCGGGGAAGACGGUCGUUCUGGCUCAGAAAGCUAAGAGGUGGAUCACCGACAACCUGUCUGGCGCGGGGGCGGCGGACGGUGGGUACCGCUGUGUGGUGGUGGUCAAUAUGUACCGCGGGGACAAAGGUCGGGCCAUCGGCUUGCAGCUGGUCAAGUCCAUCACGUGGGCGCCGGGGGAAGAGGAGCAGAAGCGAUUGGCCGAACAUUGUCUGCAGGCUGCCAUUGAUGUGGACAACUUCAAAAGAGACAAGUUUGUCCGCUCUGUAAAGAGAAAGUGGCCGGAGGACAAGACGAACUGUGGUGCUAAUAUUCUGUUCUUGGUGGAUGAGACCUAUGUAAAAGAUUACUGGAUCGAGGUCUUUAACAGCCUGAUGGAGGAGUUUCCACAGAGCAGUGUUUGGUGUGCUGGGCUGUACGGCUCCAAGCCAGAGGACUUCACAGAAAUGAAACUGACCAAAGUAAUCCGAUGUCCUCCCAAAGUCCAGCAGCUUCUGCAUCACAUCGACUGGGAUGAGGAGAGGAAGAAAUGUUAUGUGCGGGACAGCACGGCAGAGUCGUUCAUCACUGACGGGCCGGACAUCCUCACCGUCAGACAUAGGCUGCACCCCAACUCGGAGGCCAUCUUGCCUCAUAACUGUCGGCACUGCGGCCAGGAGCUGGUGUACGUCUUGAGAGACAAACUCAACGUGAAGAAGUCGGACCAGGUCCAACAGGUGGAGGACCUGCAGAUCUGGACGGCCAAAACCUCCAACAUUCUCAUUCUAGUCAACAUGCCCAAGACAGACUAUGAUGCAGACGAGAAAGGAUUCUGGGACACGACUAAGGAGAAGUACGUGGCCCACAUGAAGAAGAUUGAGAGUUCUCCGAUGUUGGCCGAGCUCCAGGCGGCCGGAUACAACACACGAGUCCACACCGAACUCUCGUGUCCCGAUCUAGUCAACAAGGCACACAAUGAGGUCAUCAACGUGACCUGGCUCUUCACAUACCAGGGUCUGGAGAACAUGAUCAUUGUCUACCUACCCGGCGACCCUGCUCUGACCCCGGAAAUGGCCACCGACGAAAAUUUCACCAACCCCAAACGGAACAUUCCUUGUCCCGGCUUGCAUGCAAAGUUGGAAAGAGAAGACGGGAGGGGAGAGUUUACCGCUGAUGGACCUAGUGCCGCAUCCUCUGGGACUGCGUCUGAUUCACUUAUGUACAGGUCUGAAAAUGCUCCUGUUAACGUGCCUGCAGACGCGUCUGCUUCGUUUUCAAACACAUCUGAGAAUGUAGUAUUUGCUGAUCUGCCAGAAACAAACGGUGACCACUCUAGUCCAGCUCCUCCGAGUGUGGAGUUCAAGAUGCCAAGUAACGUUACCUAUCAGGAAAAGGAUUUGGAAAGGUACACGAGGUGGGAUAAAAAUAACCUCUUUAUCUCAGCCUCUCGAUGCACGUCACAGCUGAUUCUGAUUACGCGUUGAGAAAGAGCUCUUUGAUGAACCAUUUCUGUUCCUUUCCUUUACCAGAGGUAACAACUAUGUGGGCAGUGCUGGCCCUGAAUAUAUUAUACGACACAAAGGUUUUCUAAGGUACUUGGCCACGUAUAUUUAUACUCUGCUUCAAGAUUUUACAUGAGACUUGUAAUGAAUAGCUAUUUACAGGUGUCAGAGUCUAGACAUUUUUGAAUAAUGGAAAAUAAUAUUCUCUUUUAUGGUUCUUCUUGGGGCAAUGAAAUCGAUUUCAAAUUGAUUUGGAAGUAAUAUAAAUCUCUGAGAUGUGAAAGGUAAAAUGUGAAUGGCCAAAAGUUUUUUUCAUAGCCUCAAAAAAAGAAUGGCGCUAAAAAAAUAUUUUCAAAAAUGUAUAUUAACUAACAUUUUAAUGCUGACGUUAAGAUUUACUCUCUUAUUUGACAGUUUUUGUGCUUUGUUAUACCUUGCUUUUUACAAGGUUUGUUUUAAUCAAGAUUUUCUGUGCUGACAUUUUUUAGAAAUUUCAUGAGAGCAGCUUGAUGAUAAAUAAUGGCUUUACCGAAGAAAUUGCAAGUAGACCAACGGUAUCUUUUGCUGUCAUCUUAAAUAUCACAGCUUACAUCUAUCAGAUUUUCUCUUGACAUCUGUUUUUUUCUUUCCUCUUAAAUACUCUAAAUACUGGAGAUUUUCUAUAGAUCAUGUUCAUGAAUUGAAAAUCGGAACAGAAAAAAAAAAGAGAAAAUUGCUGCUUUUUCUAUUUUCUUCAAAAGAAGUCAAUGAAUUAUUGUUGUUGUUAUUUUACCCAA